GCAACAAUGAGUAAAUUUUAACUAUUCAUAUAUCACUGUUUUCUAUAUUCUUUCAGAUAAUAAAGACAAAUUCAAAAGGGAUGCACAGAAAGACAUGUCUAGGGUGGUAUGAACAAUGGCCCAGUUCUAUUACAAGAGAAGUGUCAAUGCCCCCUACAGAGAUCGCAUCCCUCUUCGCAUUGUACGAGCUGAAUCUGAACUCUCUCCAGCUGAGAAAGCCUAUUUGUGUGCUGUGGAGAAAGGAGAUUAUGCCAGUGUGAAGCAAGCCCUAGAAGAAGCGGAAAUUUAUUUCAAGAUUAAUAUUAAUUGCAUUGACCCCCUUGGAAGAACGGCUCUCCUUAUUGCAAUAGAAAAUGAGAACCUGGAACUCAUAGAGCUGCUUUUGAGCUUUAACGUCUAUGUCGGGGAUGCCCUGCUGCAUGCCAUCAGGAAGGAGGUGGUUGGAGCUGUUGAGCUGCUGCUAAAUCACAAGAAGCCAAGUGGGGAGAAACAGGUGCCACCCAUACUUCUGGAUAAACAAUUCUCAGAAUUUACACCGGACAUUACUCCAAUUAUCCUGGCUGCCCAUACAAACAAUUAUGAGAUUGUAAAACUUCUAGUACAAAAAGGUGUUUCGGUCCCCAGACCACACGAAGUCCGUUGUAACUGUGUGGAAUGUGUCUCCAGCUCAGAUGUGGACAGCCUUCGUCACUCCCGAUCCAGGUUAAACAUCUAUCGAGCUCUUGCAAGUCCAUCUUUGAUUGCCCUGUCGAGUGAGGAUCCUUUUCUUACAGCCUUCCAGCUAAGCUGGGAACUUCAAGAACUGAGCAAAGUAGAAAAUGAAUUUAAAUCUGAAUACGAGGAAUUGUCACAGCAAUGUAAGCAGUUUGCAAAAGACCUCUUGGACCAGACCCGGAGUUCAAGGGAACUUGAAAUUAUUCUGAAUUACAGAGAUGAUAACAGUCUCAUAGAAGAGCAGAAUGGUAACGAUCUGGCAAGGUUAAAACUGGCAAUUAAAUACCGUCAGAAAGAGUUUGUUGCCCAACCAAACUGCCAACAGCUGCUUGCCUCUCGCUGGUAUGAUGAGUUCCCAGGCUGGAGGAGGCGCCACUGGGCUGUGAAGAUGUUGACGUGUGUCAUCAUUGGAUUCCUUUUCCCCGUCUUCUCUGUCUGCUACCUGAUUGCUCCCAAGAGCCCACUGGGGCUGUUCAUCAGGAAACCGUUCAUCAAAUUUAUCUGCCAUACUGCAUCCUACUUGACUUUCUUGUUCCUUCUGCUGCUUGCUUCUCAACAUAUUGACAGGUCAGACCUGAAUAUGCAAGGGCCUCCGCCAACCAUCGUCGAGUGGAUGAUAUUACCGUGGGUCCUGGGAUUUAUCUGGGGUGAGAUUAAACAAAUGUGGGAUGGAGGCCUGCAGGAUUACAUUCAUGACUGGUGGAAUCUGAUGGAUUUUGUAAUGAACUCAUUAUACCUGGCGACCAUCUCUCUGAAAAUUGUUGCAUUUUCAAAGUACAGUGGGCUUCUCCCAAGACAGAGCUGGGAUAUGUGGCACCCAACUUUGGUAGCUGAGGCACUGUUUGCUAUCGCAAACAUUUUCAGUUCACUCCGCUUGAUCUCAUUAUUCACUGCAAAUUCCCACCUGGGACCCUUGCAGAUCUCCCUUGGAAGAAUGCUUCUGGACAUUUUAAAAUUUCUAUUUAUCUACUGCCUUGUGUUGCUAGCUUUUGCAAAUGGACUGAACCAGCUAUAUUUCUAUUACGAAACAAAUGAACCAAACCGCUGCAAAGGGAUACGGUGUGAAAAUCAAAACAAUGCAUUUUCAACUUUAUUUGAAACCCUCCAGUCACUGUUUUGGUCUGUUUUUGGACUUAUCAACCUUUAUGUAACUAAUGUUAAAGCAAGGCAUGAAUUCACUGAAUUCGUUGGGGCCACCAUGUUUGGAACAUACAAUGUCAUAUCGCUGGUUGUGUUGCUCAAUAUGUUGAUAGCCAUGAUGAACAAUUCCUACCAACUCAUUGCUGAUCAUGCAGACAUUGAAUGGAAAUUUGCCCGAACAAAACUUUGGAUGAGUUACUUUGAAGAAGGCGGGACUCUGCCCACUCCUUUCAAUGUUAUACCCAGUCCAAAAUCUCUCUGGUACCUGAUUCGAUGGCUGUGGAGACAACUGUGCAGGAAAAAGAUUAGACGGAAACCGGAAAGUUUUGGGACUAUUGGGAGGCGCGCAGCUGAUAAUUUGAGAAGGCAUCAUCAGUAUCAGGAGGUCAUGAAAAAUCUGGUUAAGAGAUAUGUGGCAGCAAUGAUAAGAGAUGCCAAAACUGAGGAGGGGCUGACCGAAGAGAAUUUUAAGGAGCUGAAGCAAGACAUUUCCAGUUUUCGCUUUGAAGUCUUAGGUCUGUUAAAAGGAAACAAACUUCCCAAUUCACAGGCUUCAAAAAACAGCAGAGAAUCUUCUUCUUUGCCGGAAUCAGAUGAAGGAAGUGACAGUGGGGGGAAUGAGAAGGUUAAGAAGAAACCCCUUAGCCUUUUUGACGUCACCUCCAUGAUUCACCCCAGGGCAGUUGCCAAAGCUUCUAGAGCUCAUAGUCAGAGCAAUGGGUCGGCCAUGAUGCUGACAGAGUCCAUCAAGGAGAAGCAGAAGAAAGUAAACUUUGUGGCGGAUGUAAAGAAGUUUGGGUUCUUUCACAGACAGUCCAAAAACAGCUCUAACGAGCACAGUGCAAAUAAAAUCUAUUCCAUUUCUGAAGAAGUUUCCCGUCAACAAGCAGAAGAACAAUCUGAGAAAGACACUGAACUGGCAGAGAAAACGUCCGUUGCGAACUGUGAAUUAAACAUUCAGGGUCUCGACAAAACAUGCCCGGUGGCCACUAAUCAGCACACUAAAAGUGAGACAGUGGAGUCUAGGUUGAAAGAAGAAGCAGUCCCUUCUGAAAUGCAGAAGACCCAAGUGCAGGAUUCUGAUUCACCCCUGCCAAAAGAUUUCCUGGUCACUGAUCAAGAUAUCAGUAGUACUGACUUCAUUAUGAAACAAGAGACAAUCAUUCAGGACAACUACAUGACAACAAGGUUGUGAUGAAUAUGGGCAAGGUGUGCUUUGGGUGGAAACAUUGAAAAGUAAAUCAAAACAUAGUGAAUUAAAGCUUUCCAGGGAAAAAAAUCCUGUUGGACAAGAACUUGUAAUAAGUAAAUAAAUAGAAGUCUUCUGUUUUGUAGCCUGCUUUAGCUUUCACAAUUUCUUUUACAUUUUUUUAUUAAAUGGAAGCAUCUUGUAUUCUUGUACUGUUGCAAUAACCCACAGAAUCUUUUUAGCUAUUUUUUUCAACUUGAAAUAAAUGCAAUUUCUCUCCUGUGAUAGUUAAUGCCAAUGGUAAAUAUUUUUCUAUGCAAAUAAACAUAGCUUAACAAAGAUGUGAGACUUAUGAACCUUUUUCAGGACUCCUAAUCCAUGAAUAUUUUCUGUAAAAAAAAAUCCAA